AGUUAAGAGCUUUAACUUCCUACAGCAGAUUUCCAGUGAAUAAGAAGAAUCAUCUUUUUUAUCAAUAUUCAUAAUUGAUUGGAGAUUGAAAAAUCAACCUUUUCUGUUUUGUAAUCAACUGCCGGUAUUGGGAUUUACUUUUGUCAUUAUUAACACCUUAUUUUGUUACAUUCUCCAAAAUUUCUGGUUAGCAUGUCAGCUAUGACUUUGAUUCCAGUUCAAUUGGUUGCAGGAAAGCAGGCACCCUGCGCCUUGUCUUUCGGUGGAUCUGGGUUCAUGGUUGUGUAUCACUUUGGUGUUGCCCAGUGCCUACUGGAUCUGGCACCAGAGCUUAUUCACAAAGCUCCAAAAGUGUUUGGAGCGUCAUCUGGAUCGCUGGCAGCAGCUGCAGUUGUCUGUGGAAUCAACAUGGAAGAUAUCUGUGCUGAAAUUAUGGCAACAGCAAGUGAAAUCAGACAGCAUAUUCUGGGUCCUUUAAACCCCUCUUUCAGCCUUUUCAGAGCCUUGGAGAUCUCACUCCGCCGAAACCUUCCAGAAAGUGCUCAUCAGCUUGCCAGUGGACGACUGUUCAUUUCAGUGACUAGGCUGGACAAUCGAGAGAAUCGCCUGUUGUCUAAAUUUUCAACCAAGGAAGAACUUGUUCAGGCAAUAUUGUGCAGUUGCUUUAUACCCAUAUACUGUGGAGUGGUGCCUCCAUUCUUUCAUGGAACGUGGUAUAUUGAUGGAGGCCUAACCAAUAUGCUGCCAGUUGAGGCAAAGGAAGAGACAAUUACUGUAUCACCAUUUUCUGGAGAGAUUGACAUCUGCCCCCAGGAUGACCCAGAGACUGUUAAUAUUAUGCAAAUGUGUGGAUUUAACUUUUACCUUAACAUGCGCAACUUUAUAAGGAUGUCUGAUGCUCUUUUUCCACCACCAAGCCAGGUUUUGAGAAAAAUGUUUUUUUGUGGAUAUCAAGAUGCCCUGUUCUUCUUACAAACGAACUAUCUGAAGAUUUCUUCCAGUCCUGUUUCUUUUACUCACGUUUGUGGAAGGCAGAUUGACCAAGAAGCUAUGGAAAAUUCUCUUCCAGCUGACAAGUGUAAAGAAAAUAUUCAGUCUCUCCGUGCCUCCCAGGAGGAAGCAUCACAAGCUUGUACUGAAGAAAGUCCUCUAAGUGAAAAUGUAAAGUUGAAAGACGGAGUGUCAUCUGGGUAUACAGUACAGACUUCAGUGGAUACACUUGCUCCAGAAGAAGAAACUUUUCACAUUGAUAGAUCUUCAGGUUGUACAGAACAGAAAUUUACGCAAAGUCCACUCUGCCCAGACCAGACAUCAGAGGAGCCACCAACACAACAUGAGACAAACCAUGAGACUUCACUGCUCCACAGUGAGAAUAACUCUGAUUCAUCUGUCCCAGGUUCUGAUCAAGAUUUUGAUUGGAAUUUGGAAAUUUUGGAGCAGGCAGUUUAUAAUAGUUUGCCAGCGUGGGUACAAGGAGCGUUGCUGUUCAACCUGGUAGGCCAAGAAGGCAUUUUUGGAUUCCUGUCCAGGUCUCCAUUCCUGCGGCUUUUGUCCUAUUUCUUCCUUCCCUAUACUCUUCCAUUGUUCUUGACCUAUAUCUUUUGCCAGAGAAUGCUACACUGGCUCGUGACCCGUCCAGAGGAGGUGCUUCUUUUUUGUCAAGGCGUGAAGCAGACUCUGAUGAUAAUAAAAGAUUUGGCUAUUAAAAAUUUAUCAAGACUGUUUGUUGAGAGCAUUUGGAACCAACUUUUUUUAUCACAACCACAAAUUCCUCCUGACUCUUCAAAAGAAGACAGUUUGAGUUCUGAUCUGCGGUACCGCUCAAUGCUGCAUGUGCAACUCUCAGGCUCAAGCACGUCCUUCCUGGAUCUCCAGUUCAACCUCCAGGUAGCAAUGCAAGAAAAUCCUGGUCAUCUAGGUGACUGGCCUGGAGACUUGCCUUUGGAGUUUGAAGCUUGCGGUGAGUCUCAUACUCCCGAGGUGGAGGAAUCUGAUCUUUCUUUGGAGGAGACAUAUGAUAGCCACCCAAGCAAUUCUGUUGUUCCUGCAUUUGAUAGUAUUUAAUAUGGCCCAGGAUCACUCAAGCACUUCUUGGUCAAAGUGACAACACUUGUGUUGAGCUUUGUGAAAAGAAGCGUCUUUCAGUUUUAUUUGAAAAUCAUAAUUGAUAGUCUUGACUAUUUUAUCAGUUUAUGUCAUGACCUGAUUGUAAGCAGAUAAUUAUUUCAACAAAAGUUUACUAAUAGAAUGUACAGUGGGAAAGAAAAUGUGGUCUACCAACACAAGGUCUGCAUUGCCAAGUUACAACUGCUUUUAUUAUCUGGAUGUAACACUUUAGAGUAAAUAACAGUAUUCACUUUAUUUUAUGCACUGUGAAAUAUUUUGUUUAAAAUGUUUUUGUAGUUUUCUCCCUUUGUCAGAAAGGCAUAUCACUGCCACAAGUUUAUGUACAAUUUAAAUUUGAUACACAGCCUCUGGCUCAUAUAGCCUUAAUAGAAUAAACUAGUAGAAAUGUACACUGUAAUAUUAAAUAUCUGUACCAAUGAGGAAUUAAAAAUCUCUAUCUGGUAAUUUGAUUAAUACUGCUUUUCUGGUAUUUCUAACAAAGUAUUAGUCAGUGUAUACUUAUACUAUGUACAGUGCUGCAUCUGUUAAAUGCAGCUCUGUUACAUGUAACACACUUUUUGAAUUGGGGUGAUUUUGCCUUGGCUCACUACCUGCACAAAGAUAACACUUCCAAUAUGAAUGAAUGUGGUUUAAUUGUUCUAUAUUUAAAUGCUAUAUUUGUGUCUAAUUUUGUUAAGAUACUGUUAGGUUGAUUUUGUACCUGUUC